UAGAACUGGUUGACAAUUUUCAUAUUUGUGUUUUGGUCAAGGAAGUUUUGACCAAUGAAGGAAACAAUGACCAGUCUGAGACUGGCGAUUUUAGGUGAUGAGAAAGUCGGAAAAUCAGCUGUAACGGUUCGUUUUCUAACUAAACGUUUUAUUGGAGAGUAUAAUUCAAAUCGAGAUCUCCUGUACCGAUCCAGUAUUAAACAGGAUGAUAGUCAAACAGAUCUCGAGUUGUUGGACUCCUGUUCCAAAAAGGAUGCCAAAAGUAGCAUAUCAGACACACCAGGAUGGGCAGACGGCUAUAUCAUCAUAUACAGUAUCUGUGAUCAAACCUCGUUUCAAGCAGCUAAAAUACUGCUGGAUACACUGAACAAAUCAAGGGCAUCACUGUUUACCCCGAUUCUUCUACUUGGUAACAUGGUCGAUCUGGAACAUCGUAGGACAGUCGGGGUUGAGGACGGACACAAGCUUGCACUCGAAAAUGGAUGUUUGUAUUACGAAGUUUCCGCAGCUGAUAGUUACAUCAGUAUCGCUAUUGCCUUCAAAGCUUUAAUUCGGGAAGCUAAAGCCAUGCAAAAUCAAAGACCAACCAUUAACAAGCGUAGAAGGAAUUCCUUGGUCAGUAUGUCUAAAAGACUUGGUGCAAUGUUUAGCAAGAAUAAGGAUUCACCAGAAUCGGAAAGACGCCGUAGUUCCACAUCGUGUGAAAUUCAAGUUAUUGAACAAAGGCAAUUGUGAACAGUAUUUCAUUCAAGGGAGGUAAACUGUGAUUAUCAAGGUUAAUAUUUGGUGGACAUUGGUUGUGUUUCCAUAUUAUCCAUGUACAUACCGCAUAUUCUUCUUUCAGUAAGAUUAAUUUGGCUUUGUGGACACCACAGGUUCGAAUACCUUGCAGAUUUGUCUUCUUCAGCCUCUGGAGGUUUGAAUGCCUCAUCUUAUGUUAUGUUACUAUUUUGUGGCGGUUAUAAGGGCGCGCUGAUAAUAGUCUGCUAAAAUUUCUUUCAAUGUAGAUCGCAUUUUGUAUUUUCUACAGACUAUGAAGUGCUAUCUGUAAUGUUUUUUUUGUAUUUUUUUCGUUGGCAUUCCAUGUUUUAUAUUAAAUUUAUUUAUUCAAAAAGUU